AUGGGCGCAACCGUUUCUUCUUCGAGUUCUUCUGCUUCCGUAUCCACCUCUUCGAGUUGGUGUCCACAUUCUUCAAUGCCCAAAGGAGAGUCCAAGCGUUUGAAUGAAGGAAAGACUUUCAUUCAACCGUCCGCUGUUCUUACUCGUGAUAGUCUUGAACAGACAACAACAAACGCGGAAGAAUGUGAGUCAUGCCCAAGUGGAGAUCAUCACCCUCAUCAUCAUUCACAAUUAAGGAAGAGAACGGCCGUGAUUGUUUCGACAGAAAAAAGCUUCACCUCGCAUCACCUUCACCGUUCCUUGUCUUCUUCUGUGCUCUUGAUCUGUUUAGAUCGAAGAAGAAAAAAGAAGAAAACGUAUGAACAUGAGUUUCAACGACAUGCGAAUCGACAAUAUCCAGAUCCACAAGAGACGAAACAUCCACACACUCAUCUCAGACAUUGUCAUGUUUCAUCUAUGAAAGAAGUUUUGAUCAACAACAAAUUCUUGGUUAAUGGCCAGGAAUUUGCUCUUACAGAAUCUCAGCCUUUUGCAAUUCUUCCAAAGACUUCAUUGUUAAAUCCUGAUAUUCAAAUUGUAAUAUCUGGACCAACCUUUGAACCUGCAUUCCUCUCUCCAUUUUCAAUUAAGGUAGAAGAGGAAAGGAAAGAAAAGAAGAGAACUCUAAGAGAUGCAAAGAUGAAGAUCUAA